AUGAUCCAGAAAAAGGAGCUCUUGGAGUAUGCAUUGGUGUACGGUGACUACAAGGGGAUCCCAAAGCAACAGAUUAGGCAGUACAUGGAGAAACGGUGUGACAUUGUGUUGAGAGUGGAUAUACAGGGAGCCAUGACAUUGAGAUGGAUCUUGAGAAAGAGUGCGAUUUUUGUGUUUUUGGUGGCAGAGAGUGAGGAGGCAAUGGUGAAGAGAUUAAUUGAUAGGAAGUCAGAAACGAAGGAGACUCUUCUAAUGAGAGUUGCAACAGCUAGGGAAGAGGUGAGGCAUUUGAAUAAGUUUAAUUAUGUGGUUGUAAACAAGGAAGGUGAAUUGGAAAGCUCGGUGAAGCUGGUGGAGUCCAUUAUCGAUGCUGAGAAGGCUAAAUUGCAGCAAAGGAGAGUGGUCAUUUAG